AUGUUGGGGCCUACAAACUACUGUUGUGAGAAAGAACACAUGAACGAUUAUAAGUGUACUCCGAACUUGAUACCUGAAGAUGACCCGGUGCAUAGGUACUCAGGUAUCAGGUGCAUGAAUAGCACCAGACCGCUUACCUACCAGGACUACAAUUGCACUAAAGAACCCGUACCUGCCCCAAUAAAAGAAGCCACAUCGCAAUUUGACAUCUCACAAAUUUACAACUUGAAAAAUAAAGGAGAUAAAGCUGUAAGGUCCUUCCAUAAAGGUCAACUGGCUGUUGAAGAAGAAGAUGGAAAACUGUUCCCUCCAAAUGGACCACGUUCCUCCUGUCCUAAUAAUGUUGGGGAUGAGACUAGAUGUUUCAAAAACUAUAUAAACGCUUUGAUGUCAAUAUACUUGUUCACUAUAUGGUUUGUAAGGAAUCACAACUACAUAGCUAGUCAGCUAGCUGAAGUCAAUCCAUGCUGGGACGAUGACAUGCUGUUUGGAGCUGCAAGAGACAUAAAUAUUGCUUACUCUCAGCAAUUGCAUCUGUAUGAGUGGAUGGUGGCUUUACAAGGUCGGGAGAAUCUGAUCAAAGCUGGAAUUAUAACAGAAGAUGGUGGAUUCAGGGAUGUGUAUAACAAAAACAAUUAUCCUCGAGUCACGCUGGAGUAUGAUUUUAUUGCACGCUGGUUCCAUCUAUUUCAAGCAUCGACAGCUAAGUUGUAUGACAAACACGGCAAGCACAUUGAUGAUUUCCCCAUUGCUAAUGUUACAUUCAGAAUGGGUCUGCUAGCCAAGGAUAACAAUAUGGAAUACUUUUCUCAAAGCAUGUUCAGAGCUCCUUGUAGUAACGCUGAUGGCAGUAUAGAAGCUGAUCUGGCCAAUCGGGGAGCGCCAGGUGUUCAAAUCAGCCUUGAUGUUACAGCUGGUGAUGUGAAUAAGGGUCGUAACUUAGGAAUACGUCCUUACAUUGAUUAUGUCAAGCACUUCUUAGGGCUCAACAUUACUUGUUUUGAAGAUCUGGCUGAGCUCAUACCGAAUGAUAAACUUCUAAUAUUACAAGAUCUGUAUGAAGAUGUUAGAGAUAUUGAUUUAAUAGCUGGUCUGUGGGUGACAAAGAAGAUGGAAGGAGGUCACAUACCUCUUCUUCUUGCUAAAUUCUUGAACGAUAAUAUACUAAGGUCUAUAAAGAGCGACCGACAUUGGUAUGAAAGACCUAAUAGACCGUAUGCGUUUAGUGAGGCUCAAUUGGCGGAGAUAAGAAAAGUAACUUUGGCAUCAUUAAUGUGUACUGUCGGUGAUGGUGUCAUUGAAGUACCUAAACAGGCAUUUCUCAACAUUUCUCCAGAAAACCCAUUGGUGAGUUGCAGUGAAAUACCGAAUAUCGACUAUAGUGCUUGGAAGGAUUCAUCUUGUAACAGUUACAACAAGGCAUGUCCAUAUUAAAGUGUUUAUUAGGUCAGAUGUAUA